AUUGCAAUUUUGUAGUUUAUUGUCCCCGUGACGUCGAGUGUGCAAAUGAAAAGGAAGCGGUUGAUAUCAUGCACUUAGUACCAUGCAGCAAGUCGUCGGAAAUAAAGUUAUCAGGCCGCAUAAUCCUCCCGCGGAGGAUGGCGUACCACGCACCAAUAGCAAGGGCGUAGACCCGAACUGGAAACGGGACAUCCUGGAAAAAAAUGCCGAUAAAAGGUUCAAAACUGAGGAUGUAACGAAAACAAAAGGAAGUGAGUUUGAGGACUAUUUUCUCAAGAGAGAAUUACUCAUGGGAAUUUUUGAAAAGGGGUUCGAGCGCCCAUCUCCCAUCCAGGAAGAAAGUAUUCCUGUGGCUUUAGCAGGCCAUGAUAUCCUGGCCCGUGCAAAGAACGGAACAGGAAAAACGGCCGCGUUUGUAAUACCGUUGCUAGAGAAACUUAACACGUCGCACUCUCACAUUCAGGGCUUGAUUCUCUUGCCUACCCGUGAGUUGGCACUCCAGACAGCGGCAGUUGUAAAGGAACUUGGAAAGUACCUAGACGUCCAGUGUAUGGUUUCUACUGGUGGUACUUCUUUGCGCAAUGACAUUAUGAGAUUUUACAAGCCAGUUCAUAUUCUUUGUGGAACACCGGGCAGGAUUCUUGAUUUAACAAACAAGGGUGUUGCAAUUUUAUCGCAAUGCACGGUCGUUAUUCUGGAUGAAGCUGAUAAAAUGCUUUCCCCAGAGUUCUGCCCAAUUGUAGAAGCGCUCUUAAAGUUUUUGCCCACAGAAAAGCAGAUUAUUUUGUACUCUGCUACCUUCCCAUCAUCUGUUCAGCAGUUUAAGGAGGCACAUUUGCCAAAUGCUCACGAAAUUAACCUUAUGGACGAACUUACACUCAAGGGUAUCACCCAAUUCUACGCCUACGUGGAGGAAAGACAAAAGGUCCACUGCCUAUCUACCUUGUUUGCCAGGCUCCAGAUUAAUCAGGCUAUAAUUUUCUGCAACAGCGUGGCCCGUGUGGAAUUAUUGGCUAAAAAGAUUACAGAGCUUGGUUUUAGUUGUUUUUAUAUCCAUGCAAAAAUGCUUCAAUCCCACAGAAAUAGGGUUUUUCAUGAUUUCCGCAAUGGUGCUUGCAGAUGUUUAGUGUCUUCUGACUUGUUCACCAGAGGUAUCGACUUUAGAUUUGUCAACGUCGUAGUUAACUUUGAUUUCCCAAAAUCUUCCGCUACUUAUUUGCAUCGCAUUGGAAGAUCUGGGCGUUUUGGGCAUUUGGGUUUGGCUAUAAAUCUCGUUACAACAGCAGACAAAGAUGCGCUCUUUAAGAUCGAGGAAGAGUUAGGAACCGAAAUAAAGCCCAUACCAGCAAACGUGGACCCAGCCUUGUACUCCUAGUCCACUU